GGCCUGUUCUCGGUCUUCAUCUCUCUUGACUGUAUAUACUACACAGCCCCAGGAAAAUGACGGUUAAUGGAGUAUAUGUGCUUGUGGUCAGUGUUCUGCUUUCUGUGAGCUCUUUAUGCAGCUCAGAAAAGACGACAAAGGUGUGUGUUAUUCCAGCAGAGAACGUCACAUGUAGCUGCCUGGUUUCCUGUCACACUUCGACUACUAUGUAUCCCAUCCUGGAUCAGUACUGUACCAGAGCAAUUACUUACUAUGGAGUUUCUACAGGCACUCACGUAGUAAAGAAAUAUUUUUCCAGUUGGAAUCGUGUUGGAUUGUAUCUGGUUGGAAGAAGUGAUGUAACUGUUGAAAUUGAUACUGAUAUAACCUCCUGGUUCUCUUUGAGUGAGAGUUCAAAUAUAUCUUUCACUAACUUGAACUUUGAAUUGAUCAGUUCGAGAGGGACCUCACAAUCGCAUCACGAUUAUCAAUUGCAGUUCGUGAACAAUACAGGGACUGCUCUCUACUUGGAAAAUAGCACUGUCAAUGCCAGUGGAUUCUUAACGUUUCUAAACAAUACUGCACAUAAUGGAGCUGCCAUUUUCAUUAGUGGUCCAAGCGUUAUUCAGGCCAAUUUUAACUCGGUUUUGCUAUUCAGG